AUGAGAAGGUAUAGAAACCAACAUGUAGGCGAAGGAAAAGGGAAGAGAAAAAAAAAUGAUCAUGGUGAUGAGGUGGACGUGGUAGGGCCAGCUGGGACUGGAAAAGAAGCCGCCGCAGGAGGGGGAAAAGGUGGACCUCAAAAAAGUGGGAAGGACGUCGAAACGUUUAAUCCGCAACUCAGCGCAAGGGAGCUGAAAAAAAUUCAGUACUACGAAAAUAUGUUUAAGAAAAUGGAAAAGGAAAGGGAGGAGCGCCAGAACGAGGGGGACAACAAGGGGAAGAGCAAAGGUAGCAACGCGAGCAGAAUGAAGAGGGAGAUAGAAUCGAGCACUAAGGAAAAAGGGGAAGAAUCCAGUGAAGGGGCACUUGAAGAGUCAGGAGAAGUGGCAGGCGAAGCAGCGGUCACGGAGGAAAAAGGAGACGACGCUAAGCAAAGUGCCGUGAAGGAAACCGCCCAGGAAAACAACCAAAAAGGGGAAAAAAAUGCGAAAGAUGCAAAGGAAGCGAAACACAAGCCGAAGAAAGCGAAACCAAGGGCGGAACCAAGAGACGCAUGUGCAUAUGCAGUCGGCAGGGAGAAAAAAGAUGAAGCACAUUCGAUGGAUGGUAACGAACCUGACAAUAAUAAUAAAUGGAGAAAAGUAGAGGAGUUGCAAACUAGAAUUAAGAAAGAGGAGUUAAGGAUGGACAAAGGUAUGAGUUCCAAAAUAAGGGAAGGAAGCAAUAAGGCUGUUACGCUGAAAGGAAAGAAGUGCGUAAAGACUUCGAACCCCUUUGUGAGUGAUAUUGAAGGAGGAGGAGGAGAAGAAGAAGAUGAGUUGCACAGUGCGGAGAGGGACCUCCCACGUGGUGAUAGAGACAACGAUCACAGUAGUGCUUCCCCAAAGCAUUAUACAUAUAACAAGAACGGAAUGGCAGAAAUAGGGAAAGGCGAUAAGGUAAAGGAAGAAAAUAGAAAAAGUAGUGGAAGCCACAAAAUGGAUGGCGAAAAGGAACACGAAUCAGACCAUGAUGUAAAUUAUGAUAAUGAUCCGAAUGAGACGAUAGAGUUCAAAGAGAAGAGGAAAAUUUCCUCAGAAGCUGAAAGGAAAAAAAGGGUUUUAAAGAUUAAGAGGAGCUUCUCGGUGAGCUCAAAUAUAAAUGAAUAUUUUUUAGACACAAGUUCGAUACAAUUGAUUAGCGAUAAUGACCCAAGUGCGUACGGAAAGGAAGAACAGAGUUCAGGAGAGGACAAUGAAAAGGAGCCAACUUUUAGUUACAAAAAAAAAAAACUCCUACAGUUAUUAACGCGUACAGAUAGUAAAGACAAUGACACUGUUUACCCUUUGGUUGUAGCGAAUAAUCGCAGUAGUAGCAAUAACACCGAGGGGGGAAAUUACCACUUGGCCGAUUUGGAUAAAUGGCUAACAUGGAGAAAUAAAAAAAAUUACAACAUUUGCUUCGAUUCGAAUAAUAGGGGUAGGAAGCGAAACAAAUGGCACAUUGUACGGAGUUAUGAUGAGCCCCGCAUCGAAACAAGUGAACGUGUCGACUUGCAUCCAAAUGGUAAAGAAAAUUUUGUUGAUGUACAAAUGAAUAUGAAUGGAAGAUCAAAUGACACAGAAUAUUUUAUCAAUAGGGAAGAUCUACCCAUGGGAAAGAAAUUAUUUUGUGAAAAAAAAUUCAACCGGAAAUGUGCAGAAGGUAGUAGCACCCAAAAUAUGAUGAUGCAUCGUAAUAAAGAAUUUGAUGUAAAUUGUUGCAUUAGGAAGUAUCUUGAUAAUAUGCGGUACACAAAUUUAAAAAAAUUAAAAAAAGUGAACAGAGGCAAUUUAAAGUUGUAUGUGAAGGGGUGUACAAAUUUUUUAAACUUUGACAAGGUGGAUAGCGCCAUCCUGUCCAUGCGGAAAUUCCAGGAGGCGCUGCAGCGGAGUGGUGGCGUAGGUGGGGGUGGUGAGGGAGACGGAGAUCUUUUGUAA